GGUUCCUCGGAAUCCCAAGGUCAGUCUGGCCAAAGUUUGCCCCAGGUCUUCACCACCACGAACAAGCGGGAGAUUGGAACGAUGGAGCUCUUUUGCUCUAGUUGUUCAAAAUGGUUCCAUGGACGAUGUUUGAAAGAUCUGAAAGAUUUUUAUGGACUGAGCUUUAUGGUGUGCUAUGUUUUCCACUGUAAAGACUGCAGUCCUACUGGUAUUGAAACCUGGGUAGCUAAACAAGCAAAUUUUAGCCACAUGUGCGUAACAGUGCUGGCUAACCUGACUGCUGAAAAACUGAAGAAAGAGGGACAGAAGGUCGGUUUUGAAAUGCUGUUGUGUUCUCUUCAUUUCAGUUUGCAAAACACGAUAAUCCCGUACUUCGAUGCUAACUGGGAGAAUUUGACUUCAAUGCCUAGGCGUAUCAAGAACACGUGGCACACAACACUACAAAAGACCCUCAUUAAAGAUACUGAACUCUUCAAGGGACUUCCGGACGAUGAGAACAGUUUCGCACUUCUGGAAACGAAUCUCGCUGAUAUCGGUCCUGUUAACGAAUCUGUAAAAAUGUCUGGUGGAGAUUCCGAUAUUGAUGGUGGACCAAAGACACGUGGAGCCUCCAAACGUCGUAAUGUGGACACUGUAGGAGGAGGGAAGAAGCCCAAACUUGCCACCGAUUAUUCUUCUUCGAAGCUGGCUGCCCCCGACGGAUCUGGCACAGUUGAUUUUCCAUUCAACAAGGAAGGUUAUCGAUAUUUUCUCGUGGAAAGAGAUCCAAAUGUCAUCGACAGGAUGCAACUAGAAGAAGACGACGGUUCUACACUGCGAAUAAUUCCUUCUCAUUUGUACCGACUCCAUAUCCAGCGGACAGUUACCAUUUCGCCUAAUGAUAGAGCUCACGAAGUAGGAGUAAAUUUAACCGUCACAGGGUUUGAAGGUUAUCGCGUUGCACGUGCUACCCAUGCGGUAGCUAAAGGAACGUGGUAUUUCGAAGUCAAUUUUCUUAAACAACCUGAGGGUUCCCACGUACGAAUCGGAUGGAGUCAACCUCUUGCUGUCGUUCAGUCAUGUAUUGGCUACAACAAACUAUCCUAUAGCUGGAGAUCUUUGAAAGGAACGAAAUUCCAUGAUGCAAUAGGAAGGAGGUACCACUUCGGUGGAUACAAGGAAGGGGACAUACUAGGAUGCCUAAUUCAUCUUCCGCACCAUCCUUUUCAUCCAGGUCCAUCCCAGCGUUAUUUGCCUCCUUCAUAUAAGGUGAUGUUUCGGAUUGAGUUCUUCAAAAACGGCAAACCUUGCGGUGUUGCAUUCACUGAUAUAUACAGAGGUUUCUAUCAUCCAGCUAUAUCUAUAUAUAAAAAUGCCACACUAAGGUGCAAUUUUGGACCGCGAUUGCAGCAUUUGCCUGUUGGUGCAUUACCGAUGAGCGCCAGAGUUGAAGAACUCUAUGUGGAACAAACCCUAAGUGAAGCGUUAUACCUUGUCUUGUAUGCAAUCCGUUCUUCGCGGGUUAACAGGAAAAAUGAUGCGAAUAAUACCAGUAAAAGCACUCGAGGACAACUACAUGUAUCUUGUGUACAGUGA